GUCAAGUCCCUUCUUCUUCUCUCUCCCUGGUUCCUACUUUUCCUUUUUGCUCUCUUCUGCCUCCCCCUCGGCUGCUCCAGCCUUGGGCCUCUACGGGGUCAUCUCCCAUGCCCCACUGGGGCCCCCUCGUGGGCCCGGGUUUCCCCCAUUGGCCUGUCACCCCCUCCCCCAUCUAGGGUCCCUCUGGCGGGCCCAAGUCUCUCUCUCAUACCAGGGAACCCGCCCUUUUGAGGAGUGGAAUGCAGUGUUCCUCCCGCUGGGGCCUCCGGCUUGCCAAAUCUGCCUGCUUGCUCCAGUUGCAGGGAGCUAGCAAGACGACAGUCCCGGGAGAGAGGGGAGGGCGCCAGGGCCGGAGAAGUGGAGAGGUGCCCAAGAGAGAGGACCCGCGGCGCGGAGGGCCAGGAGGAAAAGGAGAGCGGGCGUGCACUCUCCUGCCUUCGGAAGUUCUCUCCUCUGCGUCCGGUUGGCCGCGAGCCCCAGGCUGAAUGAGGGUCAAGGAGAAAUCAGGGGGCGGGGCAGAGUGACUGCAGGCCGCUCCCCGUCACCCGCCCCUCUAUCUCGCUCCAUUGAUCUGGGAACCUUUAUCUUCAGCCCCUCCUUGUACUAGAAGGGGUGGGUAGUCUGAGUCUCUGCUCACGCUGAGCGUCUAGGGUUCUGUUGGAGAGAGGAGGCGUGCAGUCCGUCUGUACUAAGUACCCAAAGGUGGUAAGCUCGGCUCCAAGAAAUUACAGUCCACAGCACCCGAGGCUUGGAAACCCCGGAGCAGACUCAGCGUCUCAAGACCUGUAGCCUUGGACCGCACAUGGCACAGCUCAGCUCAGUUGCGGGGCCACAGUGCAGCUCCCCACCCUGGCCCCUUUCUAAGCUCUACCGUGGAGCCGGCAGGUGCCGCAGGCCUCCUCUGUACCUCGGCCUCAGCUGCGCUCCCGGGCCAUGGGGGGAGGGAGACACAACAGUGGGGCAUCUAGACUCCAGCGGCCACGGCGCACCCAUCCAAGCACCCUGGAAUCUCGGUGGAAAGGAAGGGGGGUACCAGAGUCUGGGAGAGAACUGCAGAGCUCCGCUGCUGAGCCGAGCCUGGGAGGGGGGAGGGGCGGGGGCUUCCUUCCAGCCUCAGGGGUCUGGGGACUUAGGGAUGUAAGGAGAGCAGGGGGGUGUGACAAUUCAGCAGAGGUCGGGACGUACCACGGAGCUCAGUGGCGGGGGGGGGCAGAGGACGUGGUCACCGAGGGGAGCCCCCGCCCCGCUUCGCAGAGGCCUAUGGCUGGGGUUGCAGGAAGAACUGGAACUGGGCUUGCCGUAGGGGGAAGCGGCGCGUUAAAUCCGCCCCCUCUACUUACCCUACUUUCAAGGGGUGGGCGGUAGAGGGGAGGUUGGGGUUGGAGCAGCGGCGAGGGGGCCCCUCCCUUGCACCUCCCUCCACCGGACUUGGUCGCGCCCGAAGUGUAACACUUUCUCUUUGUCGGAGGAGCUCCUCUGUUUCCUGUGCUGUAGCUCCCGUUGCGGCGGCACCCGUGGCAGCCCUGGCGGACGAAGGAGCGAUGGCAGCAACCGAUAUAGCUCGCCAGGUGGGUGAAGGUUGCCGAACUGUCCCCCUGGCUGGACAUGUGGGGUUUGACAGCUUGCCUGACCAGCUGGUGAAUAAGUCCGUUAGCCAGGGCUUCUGCUUCAACAUCCUGUGCGUGGGAGAGACAGGUUUGGGCAAGUCCACCCUCAUGGACACCCUGUUCAACACCAAGUUUGAAGGGGAGCCAGCCACCCACACACAGCCAGGUGUCCAGCUCCGGUCUAAUACCUAUGACCUCCAAGAGAGCAAUGUGGGGCUAAAGCUCACGAUCGUUAGCACAGUUGGCUUUGGGGACCAGAUCAACAAAGAGGACAGCUACAAACCCAUUGUGGAAUUCAUUGACGCACAAUUCGAGGCCUACCUGCAGGAAGAGCUGAAGAUCCGAAGAGUGCUGCACACCUACCAUGACUCCCGAAUCCAUGUCUGCUUGUAUUUCAUUGCCCCCACGGGUCAUUCCCUGAAGUCUCUGGACCUAGUGACUAUGAAGAAGCUGGACAGUAAGGUGAACAUCAUCCCUAUCAUUGCCAAAGCAGAUGCCAUUUCGAAGAGUGAGCUAACAAAGUUCAAAAUCAAAAUAACCAGCGAGCUUGUCAGCAACGGAGUCCAGAUCUAUCAGUUUCCUACAGAUGAUGAGUCGGUGGCAGAGAUCAAUGGAACCAUGAACGCCCACCUGCCUUUUGCUGUCAUCGGCAGCACAGAAGAACUGAAGAUAGGCAACAAGAUGAUGAGGGCGCGGCAGUAUCCUUGGGGCACUGUGCAGGUUGAAAACGAGGCCCACUGCGACUUUGUGAAGCUGCGUGAGAUGCUGAUUCGGGUCAACAUGGAGGAUCUGCGGGAGCAGACCCACACCCGGCACUAUGAGCUGUAUCGCCGCUGUAAGCUGGAGGAGAUGGGCUUCAAGGACACCGACCCUGACAGCAAACCCUUCAGUUUACAGGAGACAUAUGAGGCCAAAAGGAACGAGUUCCUGGGGGAACUCCAGAAAAAAGAAGAGGAGAUGAGACAGAUGUUCGUCCAGAGAGUCAAGGAGAAAGAAGCGGAGCUCAAAGAGGCAGAGAAAGAGCUGCACGAGAAGUUUGACCGUCUGAAGAAACUGCACCAGGACGAGAAGAAGAAGCUGGAGGAUAAGAAGAAAUCCUUGGAUGAUGAAGUGAAUGCUUUCAAACAGAGAAAGACGGCGGCGGAGCUGCUCCAGUCCCAGGGUUCCCAGGCUGGAGGCUCACAGACUCUGAAGAGAGACAAAGAGAAGAAAAAUUUGGGCUUCCUGUAGAAACCCUUUACCUGCGCAACAGAGCUGGGCCUCCCUUUCUCUAAUUUCCCCCUUAACAUGCCUCGGGGGCAUACCAUCCAACUCGGUCCCUCUCCUCUCUUCCUGCCAAGGUUUAUAGAAACCUGAGAGUCUGAGGACGAUGUCUGGCCGCUGGUCAAGAAGCCAACAGUCAUGUGGCUCACAGAUGAAUCCUGCUUCCCAGUCCCCAUCCCGGCACCCCCAACCAUUCCCCCUGUAUUCCCCACCAUCUUUGCCAGAGGUGUGACAUAGUCAGGGGGCCCAUCUGCUACUCUUCCCCACCAACUCCCCAGUUCCAGUUGCUGUUAGUUUCCCUGAGGUGUUUGCAUCCACCAUGGCUGGGUAAGCACCGGUCAGCACAGCUGCCUCCUUGGUCUCCUGUAACCUAGUCACUAGUCUUCUCUGGCUCACCCCACCCUCAUCCUCAGGAGCCACAGCCACUUCUCAGAGGGUUCCAAAGGGAGAACCUUUGGCGCCUGUUCCUUCUAACCUUCAAGUCCAGCCCUUUCCAGUUCUCAUUCACUCAAAGUAACUGCACUCAAGCUGUGCUCAAAAUUUGCAACACAUUUAUUUACACCAAACCCAUAAAACACAACUGCUGGAGAAAAUAGCAGGCAUUUUCCCUCUAACUCUGGGUAUCCCACAGAUGCAAAAGGGAGAAUAAACCUGAAUAUUAUUACCAGUCUAGAGUCUUGAAUGAUAGCCUUACUGAAUUCUUCUUGUGAGGUAUCUCAGGGUAGUUUCCAGAAGGGCUCCAUACCAUCCCAAUAGGGUGAGGCCAGUAGCAGGAAUAAUAAAUCCCACUUUGUAGACUGGAAAACUGAGCUGUCAAAGAAUCAAGUGUUUGCAGGUUUGCUCUGAUGAGUCUUCUAGUUCGUUCAGUGAACGUCAUGAUGAUUUUUCACAUGCAUUUUGCAUGUAUCCCCAAUAAGAAGAGAUGAGACUAUCAGCUGGAGAGAAGAAAAGAGGUGUUCCACCUUGGAAGGUCCGUCACUGUUUCCAAUCUAAGGAGUUAAGAGUCUGAAAAUAUUCCAGCCCUAGUUUUUAUCAUGGGUCUCAUCUGAUAGUGGCUUUGGGAACCUCUGUGAAGUACAGAGCCCUCCUUUAUCAGGGUUAUGAGGCACAGUGGCCUUUGGUGUUUGGCCAGUGACAGAGUGAGCGAUGGAGUUGACCUGGCAAUGAUCUGUGGCUAACAUGCCGUCUCUCUGCCCUUCCUUUGCAGUAACCCAUGGCUGUGUACUGAAUAGUAUUCCCUGCUACAGCUGGACUGGACUCCAUUUAGCUUUUUAAGCCAAGGUUCCUAUUUUAACUGACAGCUUUCCUUCGGGGUGUCAGGCAGCCAGGCCCCCGACCCCUACCCUGCCACGUACUUCAAGCUCACUUCUUUUUGAGUUCUGCAACUUGCUCCGGCCUCCCAGUCCCCUGGCACUGACCGUGACCACCACCUUCUUUUUUUUUUUUUUUGAGUUUCUUUUUUUGAUUACUUACUUGCAAAGCACACAGUCAAACAAGGUUAUGCCAAAUUUCCAGGCCCUUUCAAAGCAUUGAGAAGGGGAAGGGGAUUUCUUGCUUCAAUUAUAGAUUAUAAUAGGAAGUGAAAAUAAAAAAAAUGAAAAGCAAACAUACGCACGCACUUUCUCUUUUCUUGCUGGCAAAGCAAGAGUGCAGGUUUGCUGUGCGCCGUUUGGUAAUCUACUGAUUGGUGCGUUUGGUAAUCUACUGAUUGGUGAGUGACCAGAGUAAGUACGAAGGUGAUGCCAGAGCACAAGCCAGUUUCCUGGGAAAAUUCAAGUCACAGUGGAGUAUUUUUUUUUUUUUUGAAGACUGUAUGUUUGGAGGUAGAAACAAACCAACAACCA